AUGAUGAUCAUCACAGCUAUCCUGCAAAUGCUCCGCAAUGGUUUUGUCCUCUCCAAGACUGUCAUCUUCAUCUGGGGUUUAGUUCUCAGCCAUGCAUUGGUAAACAAGGGGGUGGUGGACGUUUUCGCGGAUUUCCUUGGAGAUGAUGACUAUAAUCUAUGGAAAACGACUAUGCUUGUGAGUUUUUUAGAUGGAUUAUCGGCUGUGUUGAAAGUUGCUGUCAUACACGUAUCAGAGGCUUACAUAGGUCGCUUCAUGGCCAUCAUUUUCUGCACGGCAGCCUUUAUUAUGGGGUUGGUGAUACUAUGGAUUCGAGCAUCACAUCCGGAUAUCGUUACUUUGGUUUUCGCAAUAGUACUCAUCGCAUUAGGCACGGCCGGAAAAGAGCCAACUUUAAGAGAUUUUUUUGAUUAUCAACUAAGUGAAAAGGUAAAGAAAAAAUGUACCGAGAAAAACGAAGGAGAGGACAGGGAAUCAUCACAAGAGAAAGAAAGAUCAGAUAAAAAUGACAGCAGAACUACUAAUCUUUGGUGGUCUGUCGCUUCCGUUAUAGGUUACGUUACAGCUUCCUUGUUGUUAGGCUCAGCUUCUUGGCAGGAAAAUUUUGGAUUGUCGUCCAUUGUUAUGGGAGCUACGUGUUUACUGUUUAUCAUCGGCAUUUUCUGCUUUUCUCUUGAGAAACCCUCAGAAAGCCCUCUCACUAUCAUUUACCGGGUCUUUAAGGCAGCAAUUAAGAAGCGCAAAUUGCCAUACCCAUCUUCAAAACAGGGCUAUAACAAUGAAGGUUUAGAUGGUUUAUCAGAAGAUCUCUUUUAUGAGAAAGAAAAUGGCGAGGUUCACUUGUUGCCACGUCAUCCAUCGUUUUUGUUGUUCUUAGACAGGGCUGCUAUGAUGAACAACUCCGAUGGUGAAGAGAGAGUAGUAAAAGAAGAGGUUUGUGCAGUCGUGCAAGUGAGAGACGUCAAGAACUUUUAUCUUGUUCUUCCCUUGGGAAUCACCCUCUUCGCAUACAGCUUGGUUUCUGCUUCUGGUAAUACUUACUUUGUUCUGCAAGCAAGCAACUUGGGUUCUUAUUCCAUUGGUGGUUUCUAUAUUCCUAUCAUGGUUUUCUUUGCAAUCAAAUCUCUGGUUACUUUUGUGGUCCGAAUAAUCCAAUCAAGAUAUACAGUGGUGAGACCACUUUGGAGCAUGGGUGUUGGGAUGUUUUGCUCAGUAAUUUGCAGUAUUGCAGCUUGGCAAGUCGAAUGUCGUAGGCUCUCUUUGAUAAGGUUUCUAAAAAAACCAGAGGAUGAGAUUCCCAUAAGCAUCAUGAUUUUAACUCCACAGUAUGUCUUGCUGGGGCUAAUGGAAGGAUUUGCAGAGGGUGGGCUUGAGGAUUUCUUGAGUGAUCGUUUGUACUCUGAGUCAAUGAAAAACUUUGCGGGACCGUGCAUUGAAAUGUUGCUGGGGAUUGGGAAAUUCUCCAGCAUCCUAUUUGCAUUAGUAUUUCAUAUGUGGAUCAAGGACGCCAUCAACCGUAGUCGCCUGGACAAGUAUUUUCUGCUGUUGGCAUCACUCAGCUUCGUGUAUCUUGGGAUUUAUAUAUUCUAUGCCAAGUUCAAGUUCCAGAGACCCCAAUUUGUAUUUCCAGCAGAAACCAUCCAAGAGACUAUUACUGAGAGGAUGGAUGAAUUAUUACCAGUCCAGGUAGAUAUAUUAAUCGAUAGUUAG